AUGUCUCUCACACUUAGCGACGAUUUAAAUGAAGUCCUAACAUCGUUUUAUGAACAUGCUAAGGAACAUACUAUGCUGAAAGGAAAAUUGCAGGAUAGUGAAAAAUUCAUAGCUGUGCUCAAGUUAGAGGUAGCAGAAGCUAGGAGAGCCGAAAAACGAGCUUCUACAAAUCUAAAAAGGGUCCAAGAAAAUGUUCUUCAACUUCAAGGAAUAAUUUCAAACUUGACUGCUAUUAGAGAGGAAAAUGAAAAACUAAGGAAUGAUCUGAGAAAUCUAGAAAUAUUAUUAGAAAGUGAAAAAAAGAAUCUGACAUUACACGAACAACAGUGGAUUAAUGAUAAAGAAAAUCUAGUCAAAAGUAACAAAGAAGAACUGGAAAAUAUGAAAAAGAUACGAAAUAUGGAAGCAAUAUCAUUUAAUCAAGAAUUAAAUCGCCUAAAAGAAGAAAACGAGCAGAAAAUUGAAGAAAUGAAAAAAGAAUUUAAAAAAAUAGAAAACGAAUACAAGAAUAAUUUGUCUCGGACAGCAGAAGAGUAUGAAGAGAAAAUCCUUAACUUAAACAGAAAUUUAAUAGCUGCAAAUAAUGAAGUAAAAAAUCUGCGUCAGGUGUCCGGUCAUGAAACAAUUUAUAAUCUGGUUGACUUUGGUCAAUCUAAAAAUGAUAGGAUUAUACAACAACCCUUGUCAUUUGCAAGAUAUCAACCAUUGCCGAUCAUUUCGAAGGCUUCUCAGAUGUUUGCUGCUGAAUCAGAGGAACUCAAUAAACAGCAUACGACUCCACCAAAUAACCAGAUAAAGAUUGGUGACGCUAAAACCAACUCAGCUACAAAAAGAAGGAAACUCUACUGUCGUACUGAUGACCCACUUUUAUAA